AUGUAUGAAAAUUGUGUACAAACAAAGCAGUUGUUCACUAUUUCUUUACUUUUGCAGCUAUGUAAAGGUGGUUGUUUUUGUGUGCGUUUGUAUGUAAAUUUCUUUACUUUCAACACACUCAUGAUUUAAAGCCAGAAGUCUUAAAUCUAAGAUCUUAAAUAUAAAUCUUCUUGAUUAUUUUUUUUUAAUUAAAAAAACAGAAUUUAAUUAAUCUUAUCUUCACGCUCUUCUUAAAAAUAUUCUUUAUCUUUAAUUGUGUAUUUUAUAUUUAUUUUUAUUUUAUAUGCAUUGUUUCUUCCCAACAUUUGAAUUGAAAUGCAGGUCCCAGUAUUUUCCUAGCCUACAUAUUCAAGAUUUGCAUAGAGCUGCAUUAAUUAAACAAUAAGUCAAAUGACAGAAAAUGAACAUGAAAGUAGGCUAAAACAUCUGAAUACUUCUUCCACCACUACAUAUUUCAAUCAUUCUUUGUAACAUGUUUGAGAAGUUGCCAUUCACACCCCUCACCUUUACUGUCUUGAUUAUCUUCAUUGUAUUUUGUAUAUAAUUGUGCUGCAACUGAUACAUGAUGUAAUGAUGUUAAUAAAAAGGCAAACAUUUUGUUACCUAAAAACUCCGUUAAAUGUAAGUGAUUUUAUUUUGACGGUUUUAACCGGAUGUUGUAUAUACAUUAACUCCACUUUGACACCGGGGAGAUUACAGUGGGUUUGCUGCACUGACAGCGGGCUGGUUGGUUUAUCCUUCCCCUUAGACGAGACAGACCUGCUAUAUUUUUAUACACCGAGACAACCGGCAUAAUGUCGGAUUUCGAGGAAUUUGAGAAACAGCUCAGCGAGAAUCGACAGGAGAGAGAAAGAGAGAGACACAAAAAGAAGAGUCGCAGUGCAUCUCCUGGCCGAGGCGACAAGCACCGCAGCUGGAGCAAAGACCGAGGCAGUCGCAGCCGAGAGAAGAGAAGCCGCAGCAGGGACCGGAAAAGCCGGGACCGCCGGAGCUCCUCGCGGGACCACAAGAAGCACAGCCACUCUCCGAGGCGAACAAGGAAGAAAAGGACCUGCAAAUAUUGGGAUGUGCCUCCUCCUGGUUUUGAACACAUCACACCAAUGCAAUAUAAAGCUAUGCAAGCGGCCGGGCAGAUACCAACGAUAGCUCUGCUGGCGACGUCCACCACCACCGGAGUGGCUGCAGCUCCAACACAAGUGCCCGUAGUUGGCAGUCAGAUGACGAGACAAGCCAGACGCCUCUAUGUUGGAAAUAUUCCCUUUGGAGUAACUGAGGAGUCCAUGGCAGAGUUCUUCAACGCUCAGAUGAGGCUUGCAGGACUUUCACAAGCCCCAAGCAACCCUGUACUCGCUGUGCAGAUUAAUCAGGAUAAAAACUUUGCUUUCCUAGAGUUUCGGUCUGUAGAUGAGACGACGCAGGCGAUGGCCUUCGAUGGAAUCAUUUUUCAGGGUCAAUCACUGAAAAUUAGACGACCUCAUGACUAUCGGCCUUUACCUGGCAUCUCAGAGCAGCCGGCUUUCCACGUCCCAGGCGUCGUCUCCACAGUCGUUCCCGAUUCCCCCCACAAACUGUUUAUAGGAGGCCUGCCAAACUACCUUAACGAUGACCAGGUAAAGGAGCUCUUGACAUCGUUUGGGCCUCUCAAAGCGUUCAAUCUUGUGAAGGACAGUGCCACUUCACUGUCAAAAGGUUACGCCUUUUGUGAAUACGUAGACAUCAGUGCCACAGACCAGGCAGUUGCUGGGCUCAAUGGGAUGCAACUGGGCGACAAAAAGCUGAUAGUCCAAAGGGCAAGUGUGGGAGCUAAAAACACCAAUCCUACCUCCAUCAUAGAGACCCCUGUGACGCUGCAGGUCCCCGGGCUCCAAAGGCUGCAGAACUCUGGCAUACCCACAGAGGUGCUGUGCCUUCUCAACAUGGUGAUGCCCGAGGAGCUGGUGGACGACGACGACUACGAGGAGAUCUUGGAAGACAUCCGCGAGGAGUGCUGCAAGUACGGCAGCGUCCGCUCCAUCGAGAUCCCCCGACCUGUCGAUGGUGUGGAAGUCCCCGGCUGUGGAAAGAUCUUUGUGGAGUACGUUUCUGCUGCAGACUGUCAGAAAGCCAUGCAAGCUCUCACCGGCCGCAAGUUUGCCAACAGAGUGGUGGUCACCAAAUACUACGAUCCAGACAUGUAUCACAGACACGAGUUUUGAAAGUACAUACGAGUUCUGUUUGUGAGCUCGAGUUGAGUUCAGUUCUGUUUCUUUACUCUUCUGAAUGUUGUGAACGCGUCCAAGAAAAGACUUGUUUUAUUACAUCAUCGACUUAACAAACUGGACUGCAGUGUGUGUUUCCUCACUGAAUAUCUAACUCCCAGCUUUAGCUUUAACACCCACACCGUGAACUGAUCUCAUUC